CAUCUCGAUCUUAACGCACCCGCCUUCGAUAAAUCUACCCUCGCGGACCUGCUUUCUCUCUCUCUCUCUUCUCCUCUGCUCCCAAGAUCCAAUCUAGGAUCUCCGGGUUUCCGGGUCAUUUUGGUAAUUAAGUAGAAGUCCAUGGGCCUGCUCGACAAGCUCUGGGACGACACCGUCGCCGGACCCCGUCCGGAGACCGGUCUCGGCAAGCUCCGGAAGCACUCCUCCUUCACCUUCCGGCCGAGCACCGGCAAAGAGGAGGCGAUGGACCGAGGGAGUGCGAAAUCGGGCGGCGCUGAGGAGGAGCCGAGGGUGACGCGGACUAUAAUGAUAAAGAGGCCGACGGGGUGCCCAUCGCCGGGAAACGGGACGCCGCCGUCGUCCCCGCUGGGAUCGACGCCUCCGGUGUCUCCAUUUUCCGGUGGCGGAAGGGAGUGGAACCGGUUUAGGAGGAAAUCAUCGUCGGAUGCAUUGGAGAGAGGAGGAAUGGGUGGUGUCGGACCACGGAAUCCUGCUCCUCCUUACGAGGUGUGAGCUCGAGUGAGCUCCCCCCAUCUAUCCGUACGUUUUUGCUGCUAGACCAGCAUCCACUCCAAGCAAGAUAGAGAGAGAACAGCCAACGAACGGAGAUUGAAUGAGAGAGAGGGACGGCUUCUUUCUUCCAUGUUUAUUGCUAUGACGUAGAAGUAUGUAAAUUUUGUUGCUGAUGGAUGUGGUUUGGUAGUUUAUCAAUGUGAAUAAUGAGGAAGGGAGCUAUAUAUGUCCGUGUUGUUUGUGUCUUGAGUGGUUCUAGUUUCUGCUCUUUUGUGUUUUGUGAGGUAGUACUGUGAGAGUGGUGGAUGAGGUGUGAUGUGUUGUAACUUUGUUUUGUAUAUAUUGUAGUGGUUGCAGUUGGUGCUCUUUCUAUGCGGAAUGAUGUUACUA